AUGCUCACCAUGGCGGAUCGUGACGUCACCAGCCUCCCGAAUAGGUCGGCGCCGGGCUGGGCGACCGUCAAUGAUAGCACAACGCACCCUGCUCCCGGUCAAAACAAUCAACCGGGGCCAACGGUCACGACUCCUCCAACCAGAUCACUCACGAACAAUCCAAUCUCGUCAUCUCCUCCUCCUGCUCCUUCUCCCUCAAACAUCAUCACCCUCAAUCCCAAUAGGCCACCCGUCACCGUGAACCCUGCCCCAGCUUCAACAGUGCAUCCUACCGACGAUGUAGCCGGACGUUCUCAGCCCAAACCUCCCUCUCCUCGUACACUGGCCGAGGCUGAAGGUUUGAUGAAAGCAGCGUUAAGUCAAAUGGGAUACGGUCCUUUGGCUAAUCCCGGAUCAACUUCUCUUCCUGCAACUACCACCACUCUUCUUAACACGACCAACUCGUUUCCCCAACCCCCUGCCAAUAGUAUCUCCACCACUGCCCCGACACACCCGACUCAAUUGGUGUUCGCUUCUUCUCAUCCAAGGAAUGCCGCUGGUUUCUCAGCGUACGCUGCCUUCCGGCCCAACAUGACCGUUACUCUUCCGCCGAAUGCGACUCCAGCAAACCCACCGACCACCACGAUCGUUCCAACUAGAGUCAGUCCCGUGACAAACACCACAACGUCUAUGGCUUCACGAACAGUCACUGGGUCCCCUCCUCGCACGAAUACUGCCGAUACUGUAGGGGCCGAUACUGUAGCGGCCCCUACCCCUCCCGAAUCGGCUGACGAUCUCGCUGUGCGAGCAGCUCGCGCCGUUCAAACCGCAUCGCAAGGCAUGCAGUCAACUUGGGAUCAGAUCUCGGUUCUCAUGGAAUCCGUCACAGAGCUCUCGACCAUCAACGCGAACCUUCGACAUGAGCUCGCCAAUAAGCAGACGGACCUCAAUGUGCGUUCCGCUCAAAUCGCGCGGAUCAGGCAGGCAACUGAGCAGCAUGUGCGCCAAUUAGGCGAGGCCAAUCAGAGACAGAUUACUGCACUUGGUGCUCAAUCGCAGAGAGAGAAGGAAGCAAUGCAGAAGGAAUUGGCGGCAGUGAGAGCCCGGGUUGAUUUGGAGAAGGCGUCUCUAAAGUCGGAGUUGGAAAAGGCUACUCAAGCGCUGAAAGUCCCCCCGGAGCAUAUCCUGGGGCUCGAAGCUCGAGUCAAGUCCGCCGACGAGACUGCGGCAUCUCUCAAAGAAAACUUGAGGAAGCGCACGGCGAUGAUGACGAAACUCGAGGAUGAGAAGCGUACAGAGCUGGCUCGAGUUGAAGAGGAGAAGCGCAAGGCGGUAAACGAAGCAGAGAGUAGAAGUAAGAAUGCAGAGGCGACUAUCAACCGACUACGACAGCUUCAGACCACUCUUGUCACCGAGCGCGAAUCUUUCAGAGGGGCGGCCGAAACAUCGAAGUCCGAGAUCGAGACGGCCAAGACUGAGCUGGCUACUGUGAAAAAGGCAUCCGAAGAGAAGACCCAUACCCUCCUUGAUCGUAUCGCCCAACUCGAGAAUGAGCUCGGUAUCUCCAAGAUCGCCGCCGAGGCCAAAGAAAAGGAAUACGAACAGGGAUUGGCGGAAGCUAUCAAGGAAGUCGAGGACAACGCCCGAAAGCAACACGAGACUCUCCGUUCUUCUCUGGCUGUCGCUCGAGCUGAGAAGGCUUCCAUCGAGAAGCAAUUCACCGCAGCCAACGAAUCGCUUCUAAUUCAGCGUAAGACGCAUACUGAUAGGGUGCAUAGGAUGGAAGAUGAGAUAAGGGAUCUGGACAAGAAGAUUGAUACGCUUCGAGGGGUAUCACGAGAGGCGAGACGAUCAAGCUCCGUCAGUAUCGCAUCGCCGUUCUUGAAAUCGAUAACCAUUCCUGCGAAGGCCAGUGUUUCCCCUCGCCACAUCGAAAGUACACCCGUCCCCAUCGAAUCGACCCCGAGCCCUCACAAUUUUACCGCUCCGAGGACGAUCGUGACCGGUCCUUCACCGAAGCAAAUGACGCCGGCGAAUGAGGAUCAGGCAUCUGGCUCGGGUAUUUCGUCUGUUGAUCAUAAACAGAACCGAACAGACCAAGAAGUGGUGGUGGAUUUGUCGCAAUCGCCUGCCCUGACGUCGAAGAAACGACCAGCCGAGGAACCUUUGUUUUUAUCUACUGAAGAUGAAGAGGGCUCCACUCCUGUCACAGUCAAAAGACCGAGAAUAGACUUGGCAUCCCCUUCGCCUAGACCGAUACCUUCAAUUUCACAGUCACAUCCCAUUGCACCACUACACCCCGCAUCACUCCGUCCUCUCGUCUCGACCAAUGGAACUCCUGCUUCGCCUACGGUAGAUAAGGAAACUGUCAUAUGGGCCAGGAAUAACAUCAAAGCUUGUUUCCUAAGUCGAGCAGGAGGAAAGUAUAUGUGUAAAAUGUGUUUUGUUGUGGCUGCUCGUCUUGCAAGAAGAGAUCCGAACAAACCUAAACCUUUACUGGAGACGCAGAAUCCUCUGCCUGGACAACCGACGCAGGAUGAGUUAGUUACACACAUGAUGACUCAUCCGGAUAUUCUGAAAGCAUGGAGGGCCAAGAAGGAGAAGUUGUGA